AUGAUUGAAAUGCUGCUGAAGAGAGGCGCAACACCGACGAAUAGCAUGAUUCUCACCGCUACCGAGACAGACGACGCAAGCCUUCUCGAGCUUUUCCUGCAACGAGAUGUUGACAUGAGCAUGUCUUUCCAUGUUGUGGCCAAACACGGUUCCCUUCAGGCUGAGAAAUUGCUUAUCGCAAAAGGAGUAGCGAUCAAUGGUACUAAUGGACAAAAGAAGACACCACUCAUCAUUGCGGCUGAGAAUGGCUUUGCAGAGCUUGUAGAGCUGCUUCUCAAAAACGGAGUCAGUCUCGAGACCAAGGAUAAGGGGGACAAGAAUACCCGCAUGAGAGCUGAGGCAGGAGGCCAUGCAGAUGUGGUUCAGGUCAUCGAUGACUGGGCUCUCAAGAUGAAGAAGUAA